UCGGUUCUUCCAGUGGAAAGUGUUGCUGUUGAAAUCUCUCUGGAGCUUCGGGCUUUCGCUCUGUCAGUCCGCCGAAGGAGUUUGCGCGUCGCAGCCGCAGGACCUCCGCCUUGACCCGCAGAGAUGACGGAGCUGAGGCACCGCGGAGCCAAAGACGGCGAGCCGCCGCUCCAGCAGCAGCCGUCAGAGGACAAGGGCUCAGACAGCGAGCUGAAGGUGGAAAAAGACGGCGUGUCGGACACUGAAACCAAGGCGGACUCGGGCGUCCCAGAGGUGCCGGUCCCUGCCGAUGACACCCCCGAAGUUCUGAACAAAGCCUUGUCUGGACUCUCAUCAAGAUGGAAGAACUGGUGGGUGCGGGGGAUCCUCACACUAGCCAUGAUCUCCUUCUUCUUCUUCAUCAUCUACCUGGGCCCAAUGGUGCUUAUGAUGAUUGUCCUCUGUGUUCAGAUCAAGUGCUUCCAAGAGAUCAUCACCAUCGGCUACAGUGUGUACCACUCGUACCACCUGCCCUGGUUCAGGACGCUGAGCUGGUACUUCCUCCUGUGUGUCAACUACUUCUUCUACGGCGAGACGGUGACGGAUUACUUCUUCACGCUGGUGCAGAGAGAAGAGCCGCUCCGCAUCCUCAGCAAAUACCACCGCUUCAUCUCCUUCGCCCUCUACCUCACAGGUUUCUGCAUGUUCGUGCUGAGUCUGGUGAAGAAACAUUACCGCCUGCAGUUCUACAUGUUCGGUUGGACUCAUGUGACCCUCCUGAUCGUGGUGACUCAGUCUCACCUCAUCAUUCACAACCUGUUUGAGGGGAUGAUCUGGUUCAUCGUUCCCAUUUCCUGUGUGAUCUGUAACGAUAUCAUGGCCUACAUGUUCGGUUUCUUCUUUGGCCGAACUCCUCUCAUUAAGCUCUCCCCUAAGAAGACGUGGGAAGGUUUCAUUGGCGGAUUCUUUUCGACUAUUGUGUUUGGCAUCAUACUGUCCUACUUCAUGGCCGGCUACCGCUACUUCGUGUGUCCGGUGGAGUUCAACAACGACUCCAACAGCUUCCAGGUGGACUGUGAGCCGUCGGACCUCUUUCAGCUGCAGGACUACGCUCUGCCCAGCGUGCUGGAGUCCGUCACCGGCUGGACCACGGUGCGUCUGUACCCCUUCCAAAUCCACAGCAUCGCUCUCUCCUCCUUCGCCUCCAUCGUCGGACCCUUCGGGGGCUUCUUCGCCAGCGGCUUCAAGAGGGCGUUCAAGAUCAAGGACUUUGCCAACACGAUCCCGGGUCACGGAGGCAUCAUGGACCGGUUCGACUGCCAGUACCUCAUGGCCACCUUCGUCAACGUCUACAUCGCCAGCUUCAUCAGGGGGCCGAACCCCAGCAAGGUGAUCCAGCAGCUGCUGGCCCUGCGCGCCGACCAGCAGCUCCACAUCUUCAACUCCCUGAAGGCCCACCUGGUGGAGAAAGGCCUGCUGCCGGCGCUGGAGGAGGCCGCCGCCUAGAGGCCAGCUCGGGGACGGCGGGAGGGGAGGGGGGACCGACGGAACGCCCCGCCCCGCCUCGCCUCGCCCCGCCUCGCUCUAGCCAGAACACAUCCACCGUUACGAGGAGAAAAGCAGAAACAUGGCCGCCUUCGGCCGCUCCGGUUCGCCCGGGUGUGUGUUCAUGUUCCCGACGUCGGUGUGUCGGAUUACUGUAGCGUCACACAUUUCCAUCGUCUGUCGAUCAACACUGUCCGCCUGUUGUUCCGCUGUACAUUUCCUCCUGGCAGCAGGAUUCUAUAUACCCAGUAAUGUGCUUUUUUGGUUGGAUGCACUGAUCUCAGCCCUGUUACUGUACUGUUACGUCACCUCCACCACCCCACUCACACACACACACACA